GGGAACUCAGCAGAGCAACAGCCCCGAGCUGCAGCGGAGAGCUGAAGGGGGGCCAUGUGACGUCUCCUGGACCCCCAGACACCCGCAGGGCCAGAAGCCUCAGGUCAGAGGCCACAGGCAGCAAAGGACUUCAGGCCCAGGCCCGGAAUCUGACGACCAGAGUUCGUGUCCCAGCUCCACCCGGUGAUGCGCCUGCACACCCCUCGGGUCCGUCACGCAGGGGGUAAGGUCACCUGCACCCUUCUUAUUUUGAAUUUCUGCUUAUGUUUUCAUUGUCCCCUUUCUAAUUUGUCUCAGACAUUUAAAACGUUUUUCCAGCUUCCACCUUGAUUUACAGCCGCUUGUUUCCAUGACUUGUCGAGCAUCUAUCACAUGUCAGAGAGCAAGAGGGACUAGUGCACUGCGCCUGGUGUGCGCGGUGCCCUGAGCUGAUGCUGUGCACGGACACCAGCCUCAGGAAGUGGGCUCUGUAGUUUAAGGGAAACUGAGGCACAGAGACGAGAGAGACGGAAGUCAGAUACCAGCGCCCUCCACUGGACACAGGCUCGUGCACAAAUGCGUAUCAAAUGGAGAGCUGGGACCUUCUUCUGGACAAGCCAGCAUUUUUCUUACCUUUGCUUGAAGUCGCCUCAUUUCACACGCAACUUGGUAAUAGAAGGAUCCCAACAAGAAGAGAGGAUCUGCUCGGCCUUGGACCAUAAGUCCAGCGAAGGGCCAGACCCUGGCUUGGCCUCUCACGCUGGGCGGACAGCGGGGUGGGCGGUGAAGGGAGAACUCAGCCGUCGGGACUGUGACACGAGUCCCAGGCGUCCCAGGACCCCCCGGGAGCCCACAUGAGUGGGCACUUGCUGUUUCUUCUUCCCCCCUGUAGCCUUGCAGCAUGGCGAGUGCCGAGCACCCUGGGGGCCCCAGACGGACAGGAUGCAGAGCCCAGAGCACGGCAGGGCCCCAGCAGGAGGCGUCAGCCACUGGCCCUGACCUCCUGCCUCCAGGACCGGAAGGGGACUCAGACACCGGCAGCAGCCCGAACCCCAACUCCAGCAUGACCACGCGGGAGCUGCAGGAGUACUGGAGGCACGAGAAGGGCUGCUGGAAGCCCGUCAAGCUGCUCUUCGAGAUCGCGUCGGCCCGCAUCGAGGAGAGGAAGGUCUCCAAGUUCGUGAUGUACCAGAUCGUCGUCAUCCAGACGGGCAGCUUCGACAGCACCAAAGCGGUCCUGGAGCGGCGCUAUUCCGACUUCCAGGCGCUCCAGAAAACCCUCCUGAAGACGUUCGGGGAGGAGAUCGAGGACGUCCCCUUCCCCAAGAAGCACCUGGUGGGGAACUUCACGCAGGAGAUGAUCCUGGAGCGCAAGCUGGCCUUCAAGGAGUACCUGAGCCAGCUCUACGCCAUCCGCUGCGUGCGCAGGUCGCGCGAGUUCAUCGACUUCCUGACGCGGCCCGAGCUGAAGGAGGCCUUCGGCUGCCUGCGGGCCGGCCAGUACCCCAAGGCCCUGGACAUCCUGACGCACGUGGUGCCGCUGCAGGAGAAGCUGACGGGCCACUGCCCGGGGAUGGUGGUCCCCGCCCUCUGCGCCAUGCUCGUGUGCCACCGAGAGCUCGAGCGCCCCCUGGAGGCCUUCGCCGCCGGCGAGAGGGCCCUGGAGCGCCUGCAGGCCCGGGAGGGCCACCGUUACUACGCCCCGCUGCUGGACGCUAUGGUGCGCCUGGCCUACGCGCUGGGCAAGGACUUUGUGUCGCUGCAGGUGAGGCUGGAGGACAGCCAGCUCCAGAAGCCCACCUCCCGGGGCUUCACCCUGAAGGAACUGGCCGUCCUGGAGUAUCUCUGACGAGCCGCCUGGUAGAGGGACUGCAGACCCGGGAUGGGCAUUGCUCUGUGGCUGCCCGGGGUGCCUUUUGGAUGGGAAUGGCCAGGACAGGCCACUUCAGCUCUAACCCGCAUGGUGACCUUGAACAAGUGCCCCCUCUCGUCCUCUGUUUCCCAGCUGUGUUGAACUGAGGUUCUCUGGGGUGUCCUUGGAAGCCUCUGCUGGUGUCCUGUGUCCCCUAGAUGCCAGGCUCACUUUAUCUCAAAACCACAAGCCCAGUGCCAGAACCCUGGACAGUAAGAUCCAUCUCCUCGAUGCUUUUGUAGGGAGCUGGAGCAGAGGUCUCCACCACGCACGUGGAUGGACACAGCUGAGUCCGUUUCUUCUCUGAAGCUGUUCUUGGUAUUUUCUGUCUGCUCCUCCCCGGCCCGCACCCCCACCCACAGGUGCUGCCUAAGCAAAUAGCAAAUA